AUGCUGGCCGCGCUGUUCUCGGCGAUUUUCUCGGUCGUCGACGGCACCGGGGCCUGGAGCUGGAGCUGGACCGCCGUUCACGGCAGUUCCGGCGACGAUGUGGCCAUGGCUUUGGAGGUGGACAACAACGGCAACUUGCUUGUCGCGGGCUACAUCAGUGACUCCACCAUGAGCUAUAUGUCGAGUUCCACUCAGGACCUGCUCCUGAUGAGCUUUACCAAGGCAGGUUCCUGGAGCUGGACGACCCGGCGCGGUGAUCCCGAGCAUCUUCAGGGAGGUGUCAACGUCGGCGAGGAUCAGGCUGUAGCUGUCAAGGUGGACCAUGGCGGCAACUUGGUCGUCGCGGGCCAAACCCAGAACGCCCUGGACGGGCAGACGAGAACCGCCUCCUACCCCGGCCACAGAGACAUUUUCCUUAUGAGCUUCACGAGCGCAGGCUCCUGGAGCUGGACGGUCCAGCGCGGCAGCUCCAGUAGUGACCAGGCUGUGGCCCUCCAGGUGGACAACAAUGGCAACUUGCUUGUCGCUGGUAACACCUAUGACUCGCUCGACGGUCACAGCAACGCUGGCAGUUGGGACAUUUUCGUCAUGAGCUUCACAAGCACCGGCUCAUGGAGAUGGACAGCCCAGCGCGGUGGCACCGAUGACGACACGGCCGCGGCUUUGGAGGUGGACAAAGACGGCAACCCGGUCGUGCUGGGCCAGACCUCCAGCUCUUUCAGUGGCCACAGCAACGCGGGCAGCUACGACAUUUGCCUGAUGAGCUUCACAAACACUGGCUCCUGGCGCUGGUUGGCCCUGCGCGGUGGAUCCAGAAGCGAUUGGGCCAGUGAUUUGGAGGUGGGCAGCGACGGCAAUCUGUACUUGGCAGGCUACACCAGCAGCAACCUCGACGGCAACUGGAAUGCCGGUUCCCAGGACAUGUUCAUCAUGAGCUUCACCAGCGGUGGCUCCUGGCGCUGGACGGCCCAGCGCGGUGGCUCCUCUAACGACCGCGCUCUGGCUCUCAAGGUGGACACCGACGGCAGCCUGCUCGUCGCGGGCGACACCUCUGGCUCCAUCGAUGGCCACUCGAUCAUCGGCCAGCGUGACGUGUUCCUCAUGGGCUUCACCAGCACAGGCGCCUGGAGCUGGACCACCCUGCACGGUGGCCCCGGCGAUGAGCGGGUCACUGGCCUGGAGAUGAACAACGACAGCCUGGUCCUCGCGGGCUACACCACUGGCUCCAUAGAUGGCCGCCCCAACGCCGGCGGCGAGGAUGUGUUCCUCAUGAGCUUCCAGGCGCGGGUGGAAUCUCAGACGAGGGUUUACCGCCUUUGA